AUGUACGAGAAGCGCUUUCGUGCUGAGCGCCGCAAGAACCAGCGCUGGCAGCAGAGCAAGGCUGGUCUUCAAGGACACAUCAGGCAACUCGAGACAGUCGUGCUUCCUGCGGCCUGCAAAGCAGCGGCAGAGGCAGAGAGCUUCAAGAAGGAGACAAGUCAGGGCCUGAGAGAUGCGAUAGAGCAGGUCGCGCACUUACGCAGGCAACUCCACGAGGUGCGCCGACGAAACUCCGUUCUCUGGGCGCGGGUAUGGCGCGCACCGCAGAUUCGAAGUCAUGCUGUUGAGAAGGCACGAUUGAGGGCAAAACAGUGGAAGAUGAAAGUAAAGGGGACUUACAGCAAGGGGGCACGAGUGAUGGCACGAACUCUGGUUGAGUCCGGAUGCUCUGAAGAGAAGGCGGGUGCUGUGAUCAAAGCAAUUGCCAAGUCAAUGGGAUAUCAAGUGAAAGACUCAGAGGUGAUGAGCAGACAUACUGUUGGGCGCGCAAUACAGGAAGGAGGGAUCGCUUCCCAGCUGCAACUUGUGGAUGAGUGGCGAGGAGCCAAUGGUCUGGUACUGAGCUCUGACGGCACGUUGCACCGUCACGAGAACUAUGAGGCACAUUGUGUUAGCUACUUAGCGCCACAAAGCUAUAGCAAAGGCGCCGACGUACCUCUCAUUCCAACAACAAGGAUGCUUGGUGUUCACACUACAUCGGAUCACUCAAGCAAGACACAGUUUGACUCCUGGAAACAAUCUGUUGGGGACUUAUGUGAAGUCUAUAACCAGAGCCCGAUAGCGAGCAGCUCGGGGACGGUCGUACGGGAAGUUGAUUUUGCAGCAAAGGUUACCGGGAUGAAUAGCGACCACGCCGAAGACCAAAAGAAACUCGCGCGUUACAUACAGGACUGGUCACAGUCAGCAUCUCGAUUUCUACUUGGCGAGAAGGCUCUUGAUGCGAAAACGAGUGAUGAGAUCGUGCUCCUAGUUGCCGGCGCAUUGUUGCAGAAGAUCUCGGCUGUUGGCGGACAAUUGGUCUGGGAGUCAAUGUCCGAAGAGGAUCAAUUGAAGCACAGUGCAGAAAUGCUUACGGAGCUGAAGACGACCAUAGGUUCCGAGGUAUACGAGGCACUUCCGGAAGCGCAGAAACGGGAACUCAACCUGUUCAUCUGGGUCGGAUGCUGUAUGCACAAAGAAAUGAACAGUGUCAAGGGUGGGAACACAGCGAUGACGGGCUGGUGGGCCGCUCAUGGCAUCCUCGGUCCCAUUCUGUUACCGAACAAAUUCAACACUGCAAAUCUCGCGCACCUAUCAAAUCCUUCGGAUUCGACUGAGCCGUCCGAGAAGCGUGCAUUGAAUGGCUCAAUGUUUGGUGGCGUUAAAGUGGCUGCUCUUGCUGGGCUUCUGUUCAAUCACAAGGACAACAAAAAGGGUCUCCAGGACACCUAUGUCUUGUGGUUCCGCAAGAUCCUAGGAAUUUCACACUACUUCCCGGACACCAGUAACACCCGGUUUCAAUCCCAUUGCGCUGCAGCGAUUGUAUUGAUCUUGUAUCUGAAGGAACAUAUUCAGUUCCUUGAAAUGGUUAGAGACGCCAAGAAAGAUAACUCUGGAUUCACAAAUAUCGAAAAAAAUCUCUAUUCCGCCCUUCACGAUCCUGCUACCCUAACAGAGCUUGCGGUGUUGGCUCUCUAUGCUCAGGUCAUCUCGCAUCCAUACAUGCAGGUGGUACGGGGCGGCGGUGUUGCCUCGGUUAAUGCCUUAGACUUGGGUCCAUUGCACCGGGACGUCCGAGACCAUCUGCAGAAAAUAAUUGAAGAUCCUGACCUUCUGCUGUCGCCGUCAACAACUCAUCAGGCGGCAUGCCUACACGGAGAAGAGUGGGAGUCUCCGGCGGUGAUUGCAAGAAUACAUGAAAUGGCCCCGGAGCUCCCACACCUCCGGGCCGUGUUGAUUGCAUUCUGUGAAGGCGCGCAGAAGACAUGGGAGCGCUUCAGCUCAGAGUUCAUUGAGGGAGGUAGCAUUCAUCAAGCAACUGCCGAAGAGCGAGAGCGUGUUCAUGCACCCGCCACAAACGAUGCAUGCGAAGGAGCACUGGGGAGUGCCCGCCUCAUGAUGCGGGACAAACCAAAUCUCUCGGAGCGCAAGAGGAAUGCUAUAUACAUGCACCAGAGGAACAACACGGGUGCAUAUAUGGAAACGUUGAGAUUGCAUUUCGUGAAUCACGAUUACCUCCGGCGAUCGGCUCGCAAACAAGAUUCGAGCGGCUUGGAAUGUAUUCGACGUUCCGAACUCGUAGACGCUAGGCAACGUACGGCAGACGAACAGCGAAUCAAAGCUGGGGAGAGGCAGAAGAAGCGCAAUGAUAGAGCUGCUCGCCUAGACUCAGUCAACUUUAUUCUGACUGAGGCGGGGCUUGAUGCCCUUACUGGCAAGGUAGUCGAACAGCUCCAUCUUCAAGCAGACAAGUGGCUGGCAUCAAAACUCAGGCAUCUCAUUACGAAGAAAAAGAAGGACAUGAAGUCGAAGAGUGCGCUCCUCGCGGAGCUAAAGGAGGUCAUCGGCCGUUACAGCGCGCUUCCCGAAUGUGAUCGCCUCCUUAUACUACAAAGUCCUGCGGUGUCCACCAAUGCGCCGGGGACUUAUGAAGCAGUUUUGGAUGAUGAUACUCCGGAUGAUGUUGAGCUAGAGUAUGAAUCAGAUCUUGGAUAA